CACCUUUAAUCCGGUACAAUCCUAACAUACAAAAGCGCUGUUGUAUGAUUGAUUUAGUUCUUGGCCGCACUCCUUUAAUCCGGUACAAUCCUAACAUACAAAAGCGCUGUUGUAUGAUUGAGUUAAUUCUUGACCGCAGUGCAGUGUGGUUCAUUAUCAUUUAUCGUCUGCUACAUGCACAAUUUUCUGUGCACGCGAAAUGAAACCUUCCAUUUGGAAAGGCGAAAAUUAUCGUGAUUAGACUAAUCGAAAUAAAAGCAGUAAUGACCGGAACCCUAUCCUUCUCUCCAUUCUUAUCUCUCAAGCCCUAUACCAAGAGAUUGGCAACGAAAAUGUCAUCAGCAGCCAUCAAAGACGUCGGAAUCCCAGCUGGGUCUCUGGCGAUUAAACCACCGGCUCACCCCACUUACGACCUCAAGGCCGUCAUACAGUUGGCACUCUCCGAGGACGCCGGCGAUCGAGGGGAUGUGACUUGUAAAGCAACAAUUCCUUUUCAAAUGGAAGUCGAAGCACAUUUUCUGGCAAAGGAGGAUGGGAUCGUGGCUGGUAUUUCGCUAGCAGAAAUGAUAUUUAAUGAGGUGGAUCCCUCACUUAAGGUCAACUGGUAUAGAAAAGACGGUGAUAGGGUACACAAAGGCCUACAAUUUGGGAAAGUACAGGGAAGAGCGCACAGUAUAGUUGUUGCUGAAAGGGUUGUCCUUAACUUUAUGCAGAGAAUGAGUGGAAUAGCAACUCUAACUAAGGCCAUGGCUGAUGCUGCACAGCCUGCAUACAUUCUGGAGACUAGAAAAACUGCUCCUGGCUUACGUUUGGUGGAUAAAUGGGCGGUCUUAAUUGGUGGGGGCCAGAAUCACAGAAUGGGUUUGUUUGAUAUGGUCAUGAUAAAAGACAAUCAUAUAUCAAUAGCUGGAGGUAUCACGAAUGCUUUGAAAUCCGUGGACCUUUAUUUACAGCAAAAUAAUCUUCAAAUGGGUGUUGAGGUUGAAACAAGGACUCUUGAGGAAGUAAAGCAAGUUUUACACUAUGCGUCCACAACCAAGACGUCGUUGACUAGGAUAAUGCUGGACAAUAUGGUGGUCCCGUUAUCUGAUGGGGACGUUGAUAUAUCCAUGCUUAAAGAGGCUGUGGAUUUGAUUGACGGAAGUGGUGCACUGACUCAUUCAGUUAAAGCACUAGAUAUUUCCUUGAAAAUCGACACCGAGCUUGCUCUUGAAGUUGGAAAGCGUACAAAACGAGCAUAAAGAUGUUUCAACUCAAGUUUUUUCUUUUCCUUCAGCUUUCGUGCAACUGAACUUGCCCAUUUGUUUAAUGUUGCUGGGAAGAGUAUCCUGAAAAACAAUUACGUUAGUUUAUUUAUUUUACGCUAAGUUCCGUGAAUUGUUGGUCGAAUAAAUGUGAGAGAUAGGUGCAAUCCUCCCAGUACUGGAAAUGUCAGAGCAUGCAUUUCUUCUUUAUUCGACUAUUUUGAUGCAGUCAUAGAUGUCAUCUGGACGAAUUAAUUUGUUUCUGCUUUAUGUUUUUCAUUCAGUUUUGCUGAUUUUGACGUAUAUGAAAAAUUUGUUCAAGUGAGUUUAAA